GUCUGAUAAAUCUUCUCAUAAAACUUGGAUAAGGAAAAAAAUUGAAGAGUAUAAUCCAUCAUUAGUAUUGGAAAACACUGCAAGUGUUGCUAGAGACCACUUAGCAAACGAAAGAACUUUCCUCGCAUGGCUUAGAACGUCUCUUUCAUUCAUAAGUAUUGGAGUAGGAGUAACCGAUCCAACACAUAGAGAUGAUAAAGUUGGUAAAGGGUUAGGAAUAGCUUUUAUAAUCUUGGGAAUUAUUUUUCUUGGAUUUGGUUUACUUAGAUAUUUUAAUUCCCAAUAUCUUAUGACUAAAGGUCAUUUCCCUGCUAGUAGAGGUAGUGUUGUAUUGGGUUCAAUAUUGACAAUUAUAGCAUUGGCUGCUUGUUUCGUAAUUAUAAUGGUUUCUCAAUAUUCUGGUCUAAGGGACUUUUCUCCCUUUGAAGCUUUUAAAAAUAUGCAAGAUCUGAGCAAACCUGUUAAACAACACUUGCUUAAAGUUUACUUAACUCUCAGUACUGUUUGUUUGGUUACUGCGGCUGGUUCUUUUGCUCAUGCUCACAAUUUGUUCUUGUUCGGUGGUGGUAUCUUGUCUUUAUUAGUAGGGCUUGGAUCUUUAAUAGGUAUUAUGGUUAUGCCUGAUACUCCGCAAAACAAAACUAUACGUUACGGGUUGUUAUAUAACUUUGCAUUUAUGGAAGGUCUUUCAAUUGGGCCUCUUAUUGACCUUACUCUAAUGAUUCCUAAUUGGUAA